AUGGAGAACUGGCACAAACAUCAUGCUCAUGUUGCUUCUUGUAAGCAUAAAGUUCUCUUAUCUCUGAUCUGGGAGUCUCCCGUCACUUGCCAGUUGCAAAGGCGAAAGACCGAAAGGACGGCCGCGGCUCCGCAACGAGGGGGCGGGGUCUCGGUUGCGUCCGUCCCACGGGGCGGGGCUGAGUCUGGGGAGCGGCCAACCGCUAGUCCAACAGCCGGCUGGCUGCGGCCUCCGCGCGUCCGCGCCCCCGCUUCCGGGCCUGCUAUUCUGGGAGUCCGGGGACUGUCGGUCUCCCCGUCUCCUCGUGGGUUUUGUCGCCCUGUAGUUUUCGUGGCUUGCUUCCGAGUCCUCUGCAGUCUCUCUCUCCCCCACUCCUGCCUCCGUCUCCCCAGCCUGGCUCAUUCUCCCGCGCUUCGGUGUCCGAGACCUGAGGGCUGCCCGGCGCCGAGCUCUGCCCCGAGAGAGAUGGAGGAGCCGGGGUCCCGCGCAGAGGUCAUGGAAGAAGUGACAUCGUGCUCCUUCAACAGCCCUCUGUUCCAGCAGGAAGACAAGAGAGGGGUCACCUACCGGAUCCCAGCCCUGCUGUACAUCCCCCCCACCCACACCUUCCUGGCCUUUGCAGAGAAGCGCUCCACGAGCAGGGAUGAGGAUGCUCUCCACCUGGUGCUGAGGCGAGGGUUGAGGACUGGGCACUCGGUACAGGUGACUCCUCCUCCCAGAUCUGGCUCCGAGCCUCACUCUCUCUCCACAUUGCUUAGACUACUUCAGG